CUCCACGGCGAUCCAGCCCAGUCCAGGGCGGCGCCAAAGAAGGGAUAUGGAUUACCGGUACGGAUUAUAACGAUGGGGUUUAGCACUUCGGACCAAAAGGUGACAGGCAUUCCCCACGAGAAACAUGCAUCUCUCAGCCCCCCAGGGAGGUUGACGCGCUCCUUCGGUGGCGCCUCCCUAGCGUUAUCCUCUCCCAUCUUUCUUCUUCAUGUCAUUAUGUCCAUGUCCCCCCAUCCUGCCGCGUUUCCUUUCUCUUUCACAAACCACCUGUUUCAACUCUCGUUCAAACUUUCAGCAUGGCGGUCAUGAAUCCUUCGCUCGUCUUUAGCAACCCCAAGCGGGUGACGCACAUGCUCUGGCUCGCUGCCGCCGUCAUGUUCGUCCUCGCCGUCUUCCACUCCACCCACAUCGGCUCCGCCUCCAAGGACUGGGUGGCGACCAAGGUGCAGGGGAUAAAACGGCCGUCGGGCCGGUCGUCGUUGGAGGAGUACAUGAGUGUCGCCGAGGCGUCGUGGGCUAAGACGGUCAAGCAGCGGCAUGACCUGAUCAGCCAGGACUGGGGCACGGCCGACAAGAUGCCCAUAUACGCGGCCAAGACCGGGCCAACCUACCACGCGACUCCGUACACGGUGUGGGACUUCACGCCGGCCUCGUACGGCUGCCCGCACGAGAUGGAGCGGGUGGGGCGGAUGGGCGACGGGGGCAAGUGGGUGUGCGGCCUGUCGCGGAUCAUCGAGUCGUCGCACUCCCGGCCGUGCGUCAUCUACAGCUUCGGCGUGCGCGACGAGUCGUCCUUCGAGAACGAGAUGCUGUCGCGCACGGCUUGCCAGGUCUGGGCGUACGACUUCUCCGUCGUCGACUUUGGCGUCCAGCUCGAGCCGUCGAACCGCGACCGCGCCCGCUUCAUGCAGGCCGGCAUCAGCGGCAAGACGGACACGACCAAGGAGCCGCCCUUCUACAGCAUCGCCGACCUGAUGAAGAUGAAUGGGCAUGAUUACAUUGAUGUCCUGAAGAUGGACAUCGAGUUCGCCGAGUUCGAAUCUAUGGACGCCCUCACCCGUGACUUCCCCGCUGAGGCGGGCAUGGAACUGCCGGUCGGGCAGCUCCUCGUCGAGAUCCACCUGUUCGCUGGGAGGCAGACUGCCAAGGGCUAUCUUGAUUGGUGGGAGAAUCUCGAGUCGCGCGGAUUGCGACCAGCUUGGACGGAGCCCAACUUGCUCGCCGUGACGAUGAACGUCAAUGGGGAUAAGGACCCCAACAUGGCCGAGUACACGCUUAUCAAUGUGCAAGACCGAAGGAAUAUCAUCCUCGACGGAGCCAGGGGGUGAUUUGCUUUGUGUUCUUAUUCUUGUUUUCUCUCUCUCUUUGUGGAUCAGGCGUGCAUCUUUGUCCUCUCUGUACGAAUACAUAACUGUCUGGAAAUAGAGAUACAUCACCGUUUGGCUGGUCAAACACCCUCUGCACGGUCGGUUUGUGAAUCGCAUUUACUGCAGCAUUCCGUGUGGAUUUAGAGUCAUUUUGCUCCGCGGUCGCCGGAUUGCCGCCAUCACGAACUCCAGGAAACGCGCUCCUUAUCCUCCUCGCAUUCCUCCGCGUCGCCGUCUCUCGCUCCCCCUUGCGUGACCGCGUGUGAUCUCACUUCGCACCCCUCCCUCAGUCAAGGGGUAAACAGAAAAGAAAAGGAAUUCUGGAAGAAAUUUGUAUCAUGCCAACUUUUUCUCC